GGCCCGCGGCACCUCAGCCCCGAGGCUGCGCCAUGGCCGCCCCCGUGACCGUCGUGCUGCUGCUCGCGCUGCUCGGCCUGCUGCAGCCGGCGGCCGCCCAGGACUACUGCCAGCUGUCGGCGUGCCCCGGCGGCAGCCACACGGCCUGCAAGUUCAAGCCCGGCGCGGGGCCCGCCGAGAAGUGCUCCAAGGACGCCGUCGGCAUGACGGACGCCGACAGGGACGCCGUCCUCAGCCUGCACAACAAGCUGAGGGGCGAGCUCGCCGCCGGCCAGCUGGACGGCUUCGCCAGUGCAACAGACAUGCAAACGCUCAAGUGGGACACGGAGCUCGAGACAGUCGCUCAGGUUUGGGCGGACCAGUGCGACUACGGGCACGACCAGUGCCGGAACGUUGAACGCUUCCCGGUGGGCCAGAACAUAGCGAUGACGGGCGGGUCCGGUGGGUACACCUCCGAGCUCCCAAAGAAAGUGAUGAUGUGGUGGGACGAGUACAAGCUGUACAGAUACAAGGACGGCACCUUCGUGUUUAACCACGACACGGGCCACUUUACGCAGAUGGCGUGGGCCAAGACCAACCUGCUGGGUUGUGGCCGGUCCACAUAUGUCGACAAGGGGUUCACUAACGAGUACUUGGUAUGCAACUACGGUCCAGCGGGAAAUGUCCAGGGCCAGAAAAUGUACACGGCAGCGGGGCACAGGCCAACCACAUGUGUGUGUCUACUUGUCAUUGCCGUCUCCUUCCUAAUUUUUCACAUCACUCAAAAUUACUCCCACUCCUCCCACUCCAAAAUCGGCAAGGUAAAUUAAAUAAACCCAAACAGCAGUAGCUAAAAUAUCUCCUGUACCUUUGAAUUGAGUCAGCCUGCUGGAGCCAGUGCAGUAAUCCUGGGCAGGUGCUAUACUACGCCCUGAGUAUGAGUUGAUGAAUGGACCAAUCUGCUGUCAAACACAAAUUUUCAAAUAAAGUAUAAAAGCAUUCAA